CUCCCGGCCAGCCCCCCCACCAGCCAGGCCGCUCAGCUGAGACCUGAGGGAAGAUGGCGUCCACUGGCCUGGAACUCCUGGGGAUGACCCUGGCCGUGCUGGGCUGGCUGGGGACCCUGGUGUCCUGCGCGCUGCCCCUGUGGAAGGUGACCGCCUUCAUCGGCAACAGCAUCGUGGUGGCCCAGGUGGUGUGGGAGGGGCUGUGGAUGUCGUGCGUGGUGCAGAGCACGGGCCAGAUGCAGUGCAAGGUGUACGACUCGCUGCUGGCGCUGCCGCAGGACCUGCAGGCCGCCCGCGCCCUCUGCGUCGUGGCGCUGCUGCUGGCGCUGCUCGGCCUGCUGGUGGCCGUCACCGGCGCCCAGUGCACCACCUGCGUGGAGGACGAGGGUGCCAAGGCCCGCAUUGUGCUCACCGCGGGGGCCAUGCUGCUCCUGGCCGGCGUCCUGGUGCUCAUCCCCGUCUGCUGGACGGCGCACGCCAUCAUCCAAGACUUCUACAACCCCCUGGUGGCCGAGGCCCUGAAGCGGGAGCUGGGGGCCUCCCUCUACCUGGGCUGGGCGGCUGCAGCCCUGCUUAUGCUGGGCGGGGGCCUCCUCUGCUGCACGUGCCCCCCGCCCCAGCUGGACCGGCCCCGCGGCCCCAGGCUGGCCUACUCCAUCCCCUCCCGCUCGGGCGCCUCCGGGCUGGACAAGCGGGACUACGUGUAGGGCGUCCCGGAAAGAAGC